UAUAUACCCUCCCUAACUACAUAUACCGGAAUACCCGCUACUUCCAAUAACAUCCUCUACCUCCCCGCAUACCUUCCUGCAGAUCCUCACAAUGUCGCAACAACCACCGGCCAACACCGGCAGCUCCAUGUGGGGAAAAACUAAAACCUACGGCAAAAUGGGCUUCGACAAAGCCUGGGGUGCUCUCGAUAAACUAGGCGGCCCUGUCAACCGACUUAGCAACAAACUCGGCUCCGAGGCCUUCUGGCCCAUGACCCUCGAUAAGGAAAGUGAGAAAGUCGCUCGUAUCCUCCGCAGUUUCUGCAAGGAUGGUGUGUACGUGGACGAGUCGGCCGCAGAGGCACCGCCGCCUGUCGACGCGAAGAACGGAGCGAAACCGAAGAUCGAUAAGCCCCGCGGAAAGCCGAAGGUGCUUAAGAAGAUCCCCUCGGAGGUGAUCAGACAGGCCAAGGGGUUGGUUAUCUUUACGGCGAUGAGAACAGGGUUGUGGUUCAGUGGUGCUGGUGGCAGUGGAAUCCUGAUCUCGAGGAUCCCAGAGACUGGAGAGUGGAGUGCUCCGUCGGGGAUUUUGCUGCAUACCGCUGGUCUGGGCUUCUUGGUGGGCGCGGAUAUCUAUGACUGUGUGAUGGUGAUCAAUACCUACGAGGCACUGGAAGCCUUUACAAAGAUCCGAGUCACGCUGGGUAGCGAGGUCACUGUCGCUGCGGGCCCGAUUGGCAUGGGAGGCGUGUUGGAGUCAGAGGUACACAAGCGGAGAGCCCCGAUCUGGUCCUACGUCAAGAGUCGGGGAUUUUAUGCGGGUGUGCAGAUCGACGGAACAAUCGUCAUUGAGCGGACAGAUGAGAACGAGAGGUUCUAUGGUCGAAAGAUCCCUGCCAAGGAGAUUCUGGCAGGCCAGGCGCGUUCUGACAACCCGUCCGUGCGGAUGUUGACGCACACGAUUCAUUCCGCGCAGGGAGAUGCGAACUUCGAUCAGACGCCUGCUGGUGUUCAGAUUCCUACGGGUCCGACCCCUAGCGACUAUGCGCCCGAGGACCUUCAGCAUACUCCCAUGGUGCAGACUGGAGCGGCCCCGCCUCAAACGCAAUAUCAACAGCCUCAUCAAUAUCCUCCUGGUCCAGGUGGUCAAUAUCAACAGUCUCAACAAUACCCAGCUCCGGGUGGGCCGCCUCAACAAUAUAAUGCCGGCCCCAGUGGUCAGUUUCCGCCGCCACAGCAAUAUCACCCGGGUACAGGUGCUCAGGACUCAUACUAUCGGCAGUGA